GGGAGAGGCCUCACGGGGAGAGGCCUCACGGAGCGCGGCUCCCCGCGGCCGCCAGCUUCCACCCCGAAGGGGGAGCGGGCGGGCCGGCCUGGCGGGCACGGCGUUGCCCGCGGACCGCCGGGGAGGUGCCACCUGUGCCUCCCCCCCGCCCCUUCCGCGGGUUCCGCGUCAGCCCGGUUAGCGGGCACGCCUCCGCUUCGCUGCCGGUUGGAGUAUCCGCCUUUAAAACCCCCCAAAGAGGCGGCGCGGGGGCGAUUUCCAGCUUGCGAUUGGUGUGCUUGUGCUGAUUUUCUGAUGAAGUACAUCCUGGUAACUGGUGGUGUCAUCUCAGGCAUUGGCAAAGGGAUCAUUGCAAGCAGCAUUGGCACCAUCCUGAAAUCAUGCGGUCUACGGGUCACUGCAAUCAAAAUUGAUCCUUACAUAAACAUAGAUGCUGGAACCUUUUCACCAUAUGAACAUGGUGAAGUUUUUGUAUUGAAUGAUGGUGGAGAAGUUGACUUAGAUUUGGGAAAUUAUGAGAGAUUUUUGGACAUCAAUCUCUAUAAAGAUAACAACAUCACCACUGGAAAGAUAUAUCAGCACGUCAUUAAUAAAGAAAGACAUGGUGAUUACCUGGGAAAAACCGUUCAAGUUGUUCCGCACAUCACCGAUGCGGUUCAGGAAUGGGUAAUGAAUCAGGCAAAAGUUCCGGUGGAUGAUGACAGAAGAGAGCCACAAAUUUGUGUGAUUGAGCUGGGUGGAACCAUUGGAGAUAUCGAAGGAAUGCCAUUUGUUGAAGCAUUUAGACAGUUUCAGUUCAAAGCAAAGAGAGAGAACUUCUGUAAUAUCCAUGUUAGUCUAGUACCACAGCCUAAUGCCACUGGCGAACAGAAGACAAAACCGACACAGAACAGUGUUCGAGCACUGAGGGGUCUAGGCUUGUCUCCAGAUUUGAUUGUCUGCAGAAGUGCAAAACCUAUAGAAAUGGCAGUGAAGGAAAAGAUUUCCAUGUUUUGCCAUGUGGAGCCUGAGCAGGUGAUAUUUAUCCAUGAUGUUUCUUCCACUUAUCGAGUACCAAUUCUGUUGGAGGAGCAAGGCAUCAUUAAGUAUUUUAAACAGAGGUUGGAUCUUCCUAUUGAUGAUCAGCCAAGUGAUCUUCUAAUGAGAUGGAAGAAAAUGGCUGACAGGUACGAUAGGUUGCUGAAGGUGUGUUCCAUAGCUCUCGUUGGCAAGUAUACAAAACUAAGUGAUUGCUAUGCAUCUGUCUUCAAGGCUCUGGAACACUCUGCGCUGGCAAUUAAUCACAAACUGGAUUUAAUGUAUAUAGAUUCAACAGAACUUGAACAUUCUACAGAAGUGGAGAACUCAGUGAAAUAUCACCAGGCGUGGCAGAAACUGUGCAAAGCAGAUGGCAUUCUGGUCCCAGGAGGCUUCGGAAUUAGGGGAACAGAAGGCAAACUCCAAGCUAUCUCUUGGGCAAGGACAAAGAAAAAACCUUUUCUUGGAGUUUGCCUGGGAAUGCAAUUAGCAGUUGUGGAAUUUGCAAGAAACUGUUUGAAUUGGAAAGAUGCAAAUUCUACAGAAUUUGACCCAGACACAAAAAACCCCGUUGUUAUUGACAUGCCAGAACACAAUCCUGGAGAUAUGGGUGGAACAAUGAGACUGGGGAAGAGGAGGACUGUUUUCAAAGCACAAAAUUCUGUUUUAAGGAAACUUUAUGGGGAUGAAAUGUUUGUAGAGGAGCGACACAGGCAUCGAUACGAGGUGAACCCAGAAUUGACCCACUGCUUUGAAGAGAAAGGUUUGAAAUUUGUUGGCCAUGAUACAGAAGGGAACAGAAUGGAAAUUAUUGAACUGGAGAAUCACCCAUAUUUUGUGGGAGUACAGUUCCACCCAGAGUUUUCCUCAAGACCUAUGAAACCUUCACCUCCAUACCUUGGGCUGUUGCUAGCAGCAACUGGGACGCUCAAUGCAUACCUGCAACGUGGAUGUAAAUUGUCUCCAAGAAAGAAUGACAGCUACAGUGACCUCAGCGAUGACAGCUCUCCAGAGAAAGGGUUCUCUAAUUCAGAAAUGAGCUGAAAUGAUUGCAUGAGAUCGCAGAAAUGGAUGAUGCUACUGAGAAAGUUGGGAACAGGACAAUGCCGAAUAGAAGAAAGUAAAAGUAGAAGCUGCUUACGGUCCUCAUAGUGUCUCCUCCUAUACUGUUUUCAAUAAUUCUCUUUACAAGUGGCAGUUUUACUGCUCUGUAUAAAUGCUGUUUCUCUUUAAAAAUCACAAAAUUGUCGUGCAUCUUAGCUGUUAAUCAUUAUUGUUCUUGUCCUAUAGUUCAGAAUGAUCUCAGGUGAAUAUAUAUCAAUUCACUAGUUCACAACUGUUCUUGAUUUGAAGGAAGAUGUGAUUGUUUACAGUUUGCCUUAGAACAGAAAGAUAAAAUGUGUUAGUUCUUAUGAAUAAGAGGGAAUGCACUAAAAAAAUUAAGGGAAAGUUGUCUUAUCCAGGAGCAGAAGAGAACUGUUUCAGGUUUGUUUCCCUAUUAAGCUUGUUGUAUAUAUAUAUUUUUUUACUUUUUUGCUGUUCAAUAUGUACAAAUGAGAAAUUGUUGCUAUAUUUCAGCUCUUUGUGAUUAUAAUAAUUGAUGUUGGAUACACAUCUUUUCACUUUGCCUUUAUAAGUGAUUUCACUUUACAAAAGUUCAGGUCUGUUUGCUCUAAAGUCUGGGAAUACUGAAAGUAAUUCUGAUCUAGAAAAUUACAGGAGUGAUACUAGAAGGUGGUUUUGUAUUUGUAUUUUUUAAGAGAGAAGGUAAAUACAUUUAUAUGUUAAAAUGUAAUUUGAACACUUGUAUGAAAGUUGUAGAAGGACCAGUCAUUAACCUGGAGCAUUAGCUGGGCUCCAGCCGUACAACACUCAGUUAAUUUCAAUAAAUGAGUGUAAAGGUGAAUUAAUUUUCACCAUUGUCUUCCCUCAUCCAGUGACCACUUCAAGGUCGUGGCACUCAUCCUCCAGUAGAAUGGAAUGAUUAGAAGAAUAGAACAACCUGGACCUGAGCUAUGUAACUGACAGGCUCCAAAUCCCUGGGGCACCCUUUCCUCUAAAGAAAACUUUUAAAUUGUGAGCUUUGUAUUUCAUUUUGGUUUUGGGCAAAGUAACUUUUUAAAUUCAUCAAAAGGUAAAUAUCUGAACAAAAAUGAAAAGCACCGUGUCCAUUAUUACAGCUUAGUAAAACAAUACAUUUGAGACUUUGCAUUGCUUUAGAAAAUUUCAGGUUACACAGCCAGUUUAUCUCUUCAGUAGAAAAAAAGCUUUAAUGCUAAUAAAAUAUAAAAUGUAUGCCUAUGGCAGUAUUUUUCUAAAGUGGUCUGCAAAUGUGUGCCUUAGAAAUAGCAGGUAUUGACAGAAUUGGUGUCACUGUAUGUCUUCCACAAUGAAAGACACUGGCUACUGGUUUGUGAGAGGUGAAGCGUUUCCUAAGAUUGUCUGUAAUGUGCAAAUGUAUUUUCAAAUAUAUUGAAUUGUGUUACUCA